GGUCAUGAGCUCCUACUUCGUGAACCCGCUCUUCUCCAAGUACAAAGGCGGCGAUUCCCUGGAGCCGACCUACUACGACUGCCGCUUCCCGCAGGGCGUGGGGCGCAGCCCGGCCGUGCUGUACCCGGGCGCGGCCGCUCCGUCCUUCCAGCACCCCUCGCACCACGUGCAGGAGUUCUUCCACCACGGCUCCGGGGGCAUCUCGGGCUCGGGCUACCAGCAGAGCCCCCCGUGUGCCCUGGCGUGCCACGGGGACGCCUCCAAGUUCUACGGCUACGAGGCGCUGCCGCGGCAGGCGCUGUACGGGGGGCAGCAGGAGCAGCCCGCGGGGCCCUACGCGGAUUGCAAAUCCUCCGGGGCCGCGCCCGCGGAGCCGCAGCCCGGCCACCUCACACAGAGCUCCUCGCCCAGCCUCAUGUUCCCCUGGAUGAGGCCGCACGCCCCGGGCCGGCGCAGCGGCCGCCAGACCUACAGCCGCUACCAGACGCUGGAGCUGGAGAAGGAAUUCCUGUUCAACCCGUACCUGACGCGCAAGCGGCGCAUCGAGGUCUCGCACGCGCUGGGGCUGAGCGAGCGCCAGGUGAAAAUCUGGUUCCAAAACCGGCGCAUGAAGUGGAAAAAGGAGAACAACAAGGACAAACUGCCCGGAGCCGGGCGCGACGAGGAGAAAAACGAGGAGGAAGGCAACGAGGAAGAGGAGAAGGAGGAGGAGGAGAAGGAGGAGAGCAAGGACUGAGCCGCCCGCGGGGUUUUUAUUCCGGUUUUUAUGGCGGAUGAUAAAUCGCGGCCUUUACUGCGGUCAUUUCGUUUUAUGGAGUGGAGCUACCUGGCAGCUUCUUGCUUUUUAUUGCCGGGGAAUCUUCCCCUUCUGCCUGCGCUUCUUGGAUUUUUCAGUUUUUUUAGGGUUUUUUUUUUUUCCCC